AUGGCCGACACAACUGCAACUGCCGGAGCCGGUGGCUCGGGAGCGAGAUCAGGAAGCAAGCAGGCCUCCACCCCUGCAGACAACUACUAUUUGGCACGGAGGCGGACCCUUCAGGUAGUUGUGAGCUCCUUGCUGACAGAGGCUGGGUUUGAGAGUGCUGAGAAAGCAUCAGUGGAAACACUAACUGAGAUGUUACAAAGCUACCUUUCAGAAAUUGGGAGGAGUGCUAAAUCCUAUUGUGAGCACACAGCCAGGACACAGCCAACACUGUCAGACAUUGUGGUCACACUUGUUGAGAUGGGUUUCAAUGUGGAAACUCUUCCUGCGUAUGCUAAGCGAUCCCAGAGGAUGGUCAUCACAGCACCUCCAGUCACCAAUCAACCUGUGACUCCCAAAGCCCUGACUGCUGGACAGAACAAGUCUCACCCACCUCAUAUCCCUAGCCACUUUCCUGAAUUCCCUGAUCCUCAUACCUACAUUAAAACACCGACAUAUCGUGAGCUCGUGUCAGACUACCAGGUCCUUCGGGAAAAAGCUGCAUCACAGAGGCGUGAUGUGGAACGGGCACUUACCCGUUUUAUGGCCAAGACAGGCGAGACACAGAGUCUUUUCAAGGAUGAUGUCAGCACAUUUCCAUUGAUUGCUGCCCGACCGUUUACCAUUCCCUACCUGACAGCCCUUCUUCCAUCUGAAUUGGAGAUGCAGCAGAUGGAAGAGACUGAUUCUUCUGAGCAAGAUGAACAGACAGACACAGAGAACCUUCCUCUCCACAUCAGUACAGAUGAAUCGGGUGCUGAGAAAGAGAAUGCUUCAGUUCUACAGCAGAAUACUUCCUUAUCAGGAAGCCGGACUGGGGAAGAAAAUCUUAUUGAUAAUCCUUAUCUCCGGCCUGUAAAGAAACCCAAGAUCCGUAGGAAGAAGUGAAUUAGAGGAGA